CACACUCAACCAAUGCGUUUACUUUUGCGAGCGACCACUGUAGUGUUGCUCAUUCUCUCGAGUGGUGAUUGUUAGUGGUGAAAUUCAGUCGGUAAAAUUUCCUUGUGCAUUGUUGACGUCUUUUUUGACGGCAUGAAAGUUUUAUUUGUCUGCUUGGGCAACACCUGUCGCUCACCCAUGGCGGAGGCGGUCUUAAGACAGCUGAUAUUUAAAAAGCAGCUGACCGAUUGGGAGACGGAUAGCGCCGGACUGCGAGAUUGGAAUGUGGGCUGGCUGCCACAAGGACGCGCUCAGGACCUGUUGAAGCAGCAUGGCCUGAAGACUGAGCACAUGAGCCGAGAGAUAACCUCUCAGGAUUUCUAUGACUUUGACUACAUCUUCGGCAUGGAUGAUAGCAACAUUCAGGAGCUGCAGCAAAUAGCUUCCCGUUUGCAGCCACCACCAACAUGUCAAAUCCAACUCCUGGGCAGCUACUUGAAUCGCAAGGAAGAUGAGAUUAUUCCAGAUCCAUAUUUUAGUCGAGGCAUGGGCGGCUUUCAUGCGGCGUUCGCACAGAUUCUGGAGAGCUGCGAGCGUUUUGUGCAGCAGCACAGCAAUUAAAUUUCUAAAUUAGUAUUAAGUGUUUUAAUAUUGAUUUAAUAGAUGAUCAUAUGCGCUUUAAAAAAUCACUGGGCUUCUUUCUAUCUUAAAUU